GCUCCAGCCAGCCUGCAUGCAUGGGAGCAGCCUGAGCCCGUCCCCUCCUCCUCCUCCUCCUCCUCCUGUACAUUAUUACAACAAGGGAGACCCAAUCAAGCACGUAUCUCGUCGAUUCACUCACACACAGACACACGCACACCACCACGCACUCGCGCGCGCGCGCACGCACGCACACAUACUGACUGUGUGACUUGCCCUCAGCGGAUUUUUCAAAGCGCUCUCGGACAAAAUAUCGUAGCCGUGCCAGGCAGGGCAGCGUGUGGGCGACCAGUCCCGGUCGUCACCUCCUCCUCUUUCUCCUUCUCCUCGUUUCGCCUCCGCUGUCGGUCCUGAGAAUAACAAACUGAAAAAGCUGCAUGUGGCUCUUUUUUUUCCGCUCGCCGCCAACAGGACUUGCCAGAGGCGAAUGGAUUUUAUGAGAUGGUUUCAGGCACGUUUCAGCUGGUCCACCUCUUGGCUUUGAAUUGUGCGUGAUUACCGGGAGGGGAGAAGCGAAAACCUCAUGGAUAGCGCGGCGGAGGAUCAGCCCGUAAACUCGCCUGUUGCAGCCUCCGACGCCAAGUAAAGAGGAUCACACGGAGGCACACGGCGCUUUUUUAAACCUCCCUUCUCUGUUUUUCUACCGCGGAGCCCCCUCUGUUCCUGCUCCCGCCGCGUCCAUCCAAGUCGGAGCGGGCGAGACAGCGACCGACAGAGAGAGCAGCCAACCGGGGGUUGAUUUCCCCCUCUCGCUCUCCCUAUUUUUUCUUUUUUUUUCUUUUUUACUAUCUUCGCAUCUACUGGCUCUUUCUCCUCUGAUUUAUUUUUGUGUUCGAAAACUGCACACCCUCCCCUCCUUACACACACACCCACCCCGAUCUAUGUGGGAGCCCUGAGAGCGCACCCAGGGGGGAAAACUGUGUAUCAAAGCUCCGAGGAUCCCCCAGGCAACCUCGGAUCACCGGGGCCAGAGAACAACUCCCUGCCGGGCCCCCGAAGCCGACAUGCCGCGGAGGAAGCAGCAAGCGCCUCGGCGCGCCGCAGCAUAUGUCCCUGAAGAUGAGAAGGAAGCAGCCCUGUUGGAUGAGGACCUUGAUGGAGACGACUCAGCUCAGGAAGGGGAGGAGCCUGUCGCCAAGUUUCUAUGCCAGGACAGGCCAGGAUCCACUGGCUUCCAUGACUCCCCUAAUGCUGCUGACUUUUCUGGUCAGGAGCUCGACAGUGAGUCUCAUCUGAGCGAAUCCAGUGACAGAAUGUCUGAUUUUGAGAGCUCCUCGCUUAAAAAUGAGGAUGACGUCCUACUUUCUAAAGACCCCUCAAAUGCCCUGUCCCUGUCUUCCUCGUCUGCCAUGAUGGUUGCUGCCAAUGCCGCUGCCCCAGUAAGUGGAGAUGAGGCCAUAUUAGCCACAACAGGAUCAGUGGCUGACAGUCUGGAGAAGAUGAAGGCCAUUUACACCUCUUUCCUGACCAACUCCUAUUGGUCCACACUGAAUCUGAACCUGACCCAGCCCCCUGCAGAAAAACCCCCUCGCAGUCACAGCAGCAGCAGUAGUAGCAGCAGUAGCAGUAGCUGUGGUAGCGGAGGCUAUGACUGGCAUCAGACAGCUAUGGCUAAAACCCUCCAGCAGGCCUCACAGAACCACCAACACAGACUUGGCCUGGUCCAGCAUCCCACAGUGGCUAUAUCUCAAGCAUCUACAGAACCAAACCUCUUUAGUACUGUCCAGCUGUACCGACAGAGCUCCAAACUGUAUGGCUCUAUAUUCACUGGGGCCAGCAAGUUCCGCUGUAAGGACUGCAGUGCGGCCUAUGACACACUGGUGGAGCUCACAGUGCACAUGAAUGAGACAGGCCACUACCGUGAUGAUAACCACGAGACAGAUGGUGAGGGUGCAAAACGGUGGUCAAAACCCAGAAAGCGUUCCUUGCUAGAGAUGGAGGGGAAGGAGGAUGCACAGAAAGUUCUGAAGUGCAUGUACUGUGGGCACUCCUUUGAAUCUCUUCAGGAUCUAAGUGUCCAUAUGAUCAAGACGAAACACUACCAGAAAGUGCCUCUGAAAGAGCCAGUUACACCAGUGGCAGCUAAGAUUAUCUCCUCAGCUCGUAAGAGAGCUCCUAUAGACCUAGACAUCCCUAGCUCACCUGACUCUAAUGGAGGCACACCUAAGCCCACCUCGCUCAACGACUCUAAUGACAUACUCCAGAAGGUCACCAACCCUUACAUCACACCUAACAACCGCUAUGGACACCAGAACGGUGCCAGCUAUGCCUGGCAGUUUGAGUCCAGGAAGUCACAAAUCCUUAAAUGCAUGGAGUGUGGCAGCUCUCAUGACACACUGCAAGAGCUAACUGCUCACAUGAUGGUGACAGGACAUUUUAUUAAAGUCACCAACUCUGCUAUUAAGAAAGGAAAACCCAUUAUUGAGUCAUCCACCCCAGCCCCCACAUCCAAUUCAACAACUGAAGAAAGGGUCCAGUCUGUUCCCUUGGCUGCCACAACCUUCUCCCCUCCACCUGCCCCAGUGCCUCCUCCAACCAGCAUCUCCCCAACUGCCAUGGUUGUGGAGAUAAAAAAGGAGGAGAAGGAGGAGGAAUGCACUAAAGAGUCCAUCAUCAACAAUGGUAACAAUCUCAACAAGGAGAAGAAGGUAGGAGGCGAGGAUGAGGCCGAGGAGAAGUUUGAUGUUUCUUCCAAAUACACUUAUCUGACUGAGGAGGACCUGGAUGAAAGUCCAAAAGGGGGUCUUGACAUCCUGAAGUCUUUGGAGAACACAGUGACCUCAGCCAUCAACAAAGCCCAGAAUGGAGCCCCAAGCUGGGGUGGAUAUCCCAGUAUCCAUGCUGCCUACCAGCUCCCAAACAUAAUGAAGCUCUCUUUAGGCAACUCUGGGAAGAGUUCCCCCCUUAAGUACAUGUUUCAUGGAGGGGAGAUCCUCUCUCCCACUGGUAAGCCUCUGAUCUCCCCUUCCAGCCGCCAGACCUCCCCACUGCCCAAAAACAACUUCCAUGCUAUGGAGGAAUUGGUCAAGAAAGUGACAGAGAAAGUGGCCAAGGUAGAGGAGAAAAUGAGAGAGCCCAGUGGUGUUGUGAGGGGCUCUCCUCUGAGACGUACCACGCCCUCACCCAGCAACAGUGAGGCAGGGGACUCAGCCCGAGGAGAAUCCCCCAAAGAAAACAGAGCAGGAGGCUGUAAAACUCCUGAGAAUACAUGUGGAGUGGAAAAAGUAGUAGGCAAUGGAAGUGGAGCCAAUCACAGAGAUUCAAAUGGAGAUAUUUCCAUAAAAGAGUCUGUGGAGAAUGGAGUGGAGUCCACAGCUGUGACAUCCCCCCUGCCUGCCUCCCUGUGUGGCAGUACAGCUAUCAUCACAGACCAUCCACCUCCAGAACAACCAUUCGUCAACCCUCUCAGCGCACUGCAGUCAGUAAUGAACGUUCACCUGGGGAAGGCCGCUAAGCCUGCCCUGCCCUCCCUUGACCCCAUGAGCAUGCUGUUCAAGAUGAGCAACAGCCUGGCAGAGAAAGCAGCGGUCGCUGCCUCCACCCCACCAGCACAGACCAAAAAGCCCAGUAAUGACCACUUAGACCGCUACUUCUACCAGCAACAUCUAAACAAUGACCAACCCAUAGAUCUCACCAAAGGCAAAAAUGCUGACAAAAACAGCAAUAGUGGUUCUUUGGGUUCAACAGCUCUCUCUUCUACUAUCUCCACCCCAACCUCAAUUUCACCUUCCUCCACUGUCACUAUGACCAAAGCCUCAGCUGCAGUAGCUUCCUUUAUGGCCACCUCCCCUUUGAGAGAAAAUGCACUGUCAGACAUCUCUGACAUGUUGAGAAACCUGACAGAGAGUCAGGCUGUCUCUAAGGCCUCCACACCUACCAGCCUGUCCGAGCGCUCUGACAUUGAAGGUGUCACACAGGAGGAGACAGAAGAUAUUUCACCAGCCCAGAAACGUAAAGGCCGUCAGUCCAACUGGAACCCUCAACACCUCCUCAUCCUACAAGCCCAGUUUGCUUCCAGUCUGAGACAAACAAGUGAUGGCAAAUACAUGAUGUCGGACCUGAGCCCACAGGAGAGAAUGCACAUCUCCCGUUUCACUGGCCUCUCAAUGACUACAAUAUCCCACUGGUUGGCUAAUGUUAAGUACCAGCUGAGGAGAACCGGUGGCACCAAGUUCUUGAAAAACUUGGAUUCAGGUCACCCAGUGUUUUUCUGCAGCGACUGCGCCUCUCAGAUCCGCUCACCAUCCACGUAUGUCAGCCACUUGGAAUCCCACUUGGGCUUCCGUCUACGAGAUCUGGCCAAGCUUUCUGGGGAGCAGCUGCUCAGCCAGAUAUCGCAGCAACAUCAUCAACAACGCCAUACCAAAGGACUAUCUGAAAAACUGCUUUCUAAUCUUCACCCAUCCAGCCACCCUUUACCCUCCUCUCUACCCACAUCCCUACCAUCUUCCUUACCCAUCUCCCUGCCCUCAUCCUUAACCACCUCUCUGCCCUCAACUGAAUCCUCGUCACCCUCCCCCGACAACGACGACGACAGUGGGGCCGUGUACCAGUGCAAGCUCUGCAACCGGACUUUUGCAAGCAAGCAUGCGGUCAAGCUUCACCUGAGCAAGACUCAUGGGAAGUCCCCAGAGGACCAUCUCAUGUAUGUGUGUGAGCUGGAGAAACAGUAGCACUGACUGUGGACAAUGCUGCAUUCUUUUGUAAUGGCUCACUCUUUCUUGCCCUGUCUCUCUUGAGCAUUUCACAGACAUUUCUUUCGAAGAAAAUAAAGGAUUAUUAACGUGAUGGAACUGCACAAAGAUGGCAUACAACUACUGCUUUAAGUUUUGGCACAUGGUUUUAAAUUUUGUGUUGUAGCAGUUGCUUUUUCUUUUUGUUUCUCUGGCCCAAGACAGGACAGGAAUAGUGACUUUUUUCAAAAUGUGCAGACAGGGGCUGUUGUCAUUGAGAAGAUAUAGUAUAUGAAGGUUUAAAAAAAGAGAUUCUAAAAUGAAGUGGUGUGUAUUUUGAAACUUGUGUAAAUGGAAUUAAGGUCCUUUAUAUUUUGGCAUCACUGGGUUGUGAUAAGCUGCAUGCAUAAAUGAAACAGUUUAGUUAAACAUUUUAUAACUAAAUCUGGUGCACUUUCCAUGAUUUUGUUUUCUUUUUUUUCACUCUCCCGCUCGCUCUAUCUUUAUUCUUCUUUUUGCUGGAGUCAGCAUUUAAAAUUUAACCCUCUGAGUACGUUAAAGCACUUCUACACCUAAGAUCCAAACAUUAUCGACUCAAGAUUUGGGAAUUUAAGCUAUUGUGAGAAUUAGAUGGACAAUGUGUGCAUUGUGUCUGCAAUGCCCGUUUCCCAGACAUACAGUCUAAUCCUAUACAUGAAAGCAUUUCAUAAAAAGGAGAUUCUCUAUUCACUGCAAGGUUUUCAUUUUGGGCUUAAUAUUUGUCUGAGAGAUGCUUGCAGGACUUGACACAAGCAUUGUAGCUAUGUGGUAAGAAAGAAAAAAGAAAUCUGAAGUAUUUUACUUUGGUCGAUCAGGGACCUAUAUUAAUUCAGGUCUGUGUAAAAUAUGUAUAUAAAAACAUAUUAACUACUUCCUGUCUAAAUUAUGCAUCAUUUCUAUAUUUUUAAUUUAAAAGGAUUAUGACUAUCUGCUGGUGCACAGUAUAUGAAGACAUAAAUAAAAUUGUUUUGCACAAUAGUUUUAUAAAUGUGUUAUUUAAUCAAAGGAUACGAAAAAAGAUAGGUAGCAAAAGGAUGACAACAGGUGAAUCUUUUUAUUCCCAACUCGUGCUCAAAGGGUUAAAGACUCUUUUUACCAGACACUACUCUUCAUGUGCCGCUGUAUGAAGACUAAAAAGAUAUAAAAGGUUGUACAAAAAAGAUGUUACUUUAUGAAGAUAUUUCACAUGUAAACUGUUAUUUAUAAGCACUCUUGGUUGUUUCAUAUCGUUGAAUGCCUUUUCGAUUGGUCCUAUUUUUUUGUUCUGUCUAAUUACUCUGCCAUGAUUCCACACUGCAGCUUUAUCUUUUUGGGAUAUGAAAGGUAACCAUGGUUACACUAACCUCUUGAGUGACAAGUUCUGCUACAUUUUUGGCAGUUAAUUUGCUGAAGUAACUGACAGCUGCCAGUGUAGAGAAAUAAAAAAAAAUCCUUAUGUGUAAAAUAUCGGCAUGUAAACAGCACAGAUACUGUAAUGCAUUCUGUGCCGUUAGUCUUUUUCAUUUCGUUCUUUAGUUUUUCUGUUGUUGUUGUUCUUGACAAUGAACCCCCAUUAUAUGACUUCAUAUAACCUUGUUUUCUACUGCAGCAUUAAAAAAAGGAAACCGUUUUUUGCAAUAA